AGCGAUCGUUGGAACUGUUAAGAGGCUAUUUUUGUGCUCAGGAUCUGUAGUUCCAACUUUGCAUAUCAAAGGACAUAUCCUGACUAAACACUUACAAGAAAACUGAAUUUACAUACUCGUAAUAAAUCGUUUAAUUUUUGCAAAAUGAGCAAAGCUGAGUGGGAAAGUAAUGAGGAAAUUAAUAUCUUCCGUAAUUAUCUGCGCAUUAAUACGGCGCACCCAAACAUAGAUUACACUGCUUGUGUGGAAUAUUUGAAGAAGCAGGCAGCUAGCCUUGAUCUGCCCGUCGAUGUUCUUUAUCCGGCCAACGAGGAUAACCCCGUCGUAGUAAUGAAAUGGGAGGGAAAGCAGCCGGAACUUCCUUCUAUCAUUCUCAACUCGCACACGGAUGUUGUUCCAGUGUAUCCUGAGAAGUGGACCCACGAGCCUUUCGCAGCCGAUAUGGAUGACGAGGGGCGUAUUUUCGCUCGUGGUACACAGGACACUAAGGAGAUUGGAACUCAAUACCUCGGAGCCAUUCGUGCUCUCAAAGCCAAAGGAUUCCAGCCAAAGAGAACUGUGUACAUAACUUUUGUGCCCGAUGAGGAGGUUGGCGGUCAUCUCGGAAUGCGUGAAUUCGUGGAGACGGAUUACUUCAAGAAGAUGAAUGUAGGCUUCAGCUUGGAUGAAGGAUCUGCCAGCUUUGAUGAGAACUAUUAUGUCUAUUAUGCAGAACGCACUGCCUGGCCUAUUAGAUUCAAAAUCUCCGGCACUGCUGGCCAUGGUUCUCUGUUGUUGCCAAAAACCGCUGGCGAGAAACUGAACUUUAUUGUGAACAAGAUGAUGGAAUACCGCGCAUCUCAAGUCAAGCUUCUUAAAGAGAAAAGUCUUUUCUUUGGAGAUGUCACCACCAUUAACCUUACACAAUUAAGUGGUGGAGUACAAAACAAUGUGGUUCCUGCUCUACUGGAGGUGGUCUUUGACCUGCGCAUUGCCAUCGAUGUGGAUCUGGAAGCUCUUGAGAAGCAAUUCCGCGAUUGGUGCGAAGAGGCAGGAGGCGGCGUUGAGCUUGUUUUUGAACGUAAAGAUGAUUUUGUACCACCUACAAAAAUUGGUGCUUCAAAUCCCCUCUGGGUAGCUUUGGAAAAGGCAAUGAAUGACCUGAACUUGAAAAUCAAGCCGCAAGUUUGUCCUGGCGGUACCGACAGCCGUUACCUGCGCCCAAAGGGAGUCUCCGCACUAGGAUUCUCUCCGAUGAACAACAACACACCUCCUCUUCCGCAUGAUCAUGACGAGUUUAUUCGCGCGGAUGUCUAUCUGCAUGGAAUUGAAAUUUAUGAGAAAAUCAUCCCAGCUAUUACCGAUAUUUAAAAAAUAUACUAGUUAAUAGCUUUCGACUGCAAAAGCUUGUAGAACAAAUUUUACAUUUCAAAAUUAUGUUAUGAAUAAAAUAUUCAAAAUAUGUUUAAAAUAAAUUCCGAA